AGAGGCAGCAAUCGGCAAUACCCAAUUGCAGAAGCUUUGACGGGGGACGGCUCGGCGACCAAAGAUGGGAUCUUUACUAUCGAUUGCGGAGCUCGGAGCUGCCCUGAUCAGUGUAGCGAUUCUGGGUUUACUGUCCGUGAUCGUGUUCGAGUCCUACAGAAGAAGACACAACAAUGCUCAUGUGGAUGCCCCGGCAAUCUUCGAGGAUCCCAAUUCUCUGAAGGAGGUUCGAUGUCCUUCAGUAAUUGAUCCUGCAGAGAAAUAUCUGUCUCUGAUAGUUCCUGCGUACAAUGAAGAGCACCGACUCCCUGGAGCCAUUGAUGAAACUAUGAAUUAUCUUCAACAACGUGCAGCUAAGGACAAGUCAUUUUCUUAUGAGGUGAUUAUUAUUGAUGAUGGAAGUAAGGAUGAAACCAAACGAGUAGCAUUUAAUUUUGUUCGGAAGUACACAGUGGACAAUGUAAGAGUUAUCCUCCUUGGGAAAAAUCACGGGAAGGGAGAAGCUAUCAGAAAAGGAAUGCUUCAUUCACGUGGCGAACUACUUUUAAUGAUGGAUGCUGAUGGUGCAACCAAGAUUAAUGACCUUGAGAAGCUCGAGGAUCAGAUCCAUGCAGUCGCCAGAAAGGACUUUCAUUUUGGAGAUUCAUCCAAAAGCGAUUCUAGUUUAAGGAUAGGAGAUAUCCCUAUUGCAGCAUUCGGUUCUCGUGCCCAUCUCGAGGAGAAGGCUCUCUCUACUAGGAAGUGGUACCGCAACUUCUUAAUGAAGGGUUUCCACCUUGUCGUCCUAUUAACUGCUGGUCCUGGAGUUCGUGACACACAGUGUGGUUUCAAGAUGUUCACUAGGGCUGCUGCUCGGAAACUUUUCACUAACAUCCGGCUUAAAAGAUGGUGCUUUGACGUUGAGCUGGUCUAUCUCUGCAAGUGUUUUGUGAUCCCAAUGAUUGAGAUAUCAGUGAACUGGUCCGAGAUUCCUGGUUCGAAGGUCAACCUAUUAAGCAUUCCAAACAUGCUGUGGGAGCUCGCCCUUAUGUCCGUCGGUUACAGGGGGGGAUUGUGGGAAAUUAGUCAGUGAAGUCUCUGUGGUUUUUGCCUGAUCUCUCCAAUAUCCCUUUAGCUCACAUUGAUAGAAUGAGAUAGCAGACACCUGAUAGAGCGUUUUCGAGGGAAUACUCCUUAGGAAGAAACAUUUACCAUGAGCAUUUGUUGUAAGGCUCGGCAAAUAUUUUCGGGUCUGAUUUUGUAACUUUAUUUGUAUCUCCCACUCUACCAGAUGUCUAUCUAACAACUGACGUAGCCCCUUGGCCUUUCUGUUAUGUCAGUUACUCUGUUUUCUCUCCUCAGAAGGCAUAAUUCAGUUAUAUGUUCUUGAC